CUGUGGUGGUGGUUUUUGAGAAAGACAGAUCCUAUGGCUUACCUAGUUAUGUAACCUACACUGUGAGUUUAUCAGACCCAGAAAUUGCAAGUAAAACAAAUUUAAAUACUGUACUUACUAUAUCCAGCACAAUGACGGACCAAUCUAUCACUAUCCCAGUGACAAUUACCUAUGUGUCUGACAGAACUCUGUCAAUGAAAUAUAAUACAAGUUUAUUCCAACACUUUCUUGAUUCCUAUCAAGUUAUAUUUUUUACAGCAUUUGCGCUUUUGGCUGGAAUGGCUGUUAUGAUCAUAGUGCACUAUACUCUUUUCUCUCCGAAUGAACAGCAAAUACAUCCAGCUUUCAUCUCAAAGACAAGUCCUCAAAGACCACAUACCGGAGUUCCUGUCACUCCUACAACUCCCUUCAGCCCUAUAUCUUCAAGUCAACAAAACAGUUCUCCAAACAGAUUAUGGAGUCCUCCAUAUUCUUCACAAUGAAAAUCUUUUUGACAAAAAAUAUGUUUUGAUUUUAAGUAAUAUGGACAUUUGAAGCACAAAUAUACACCAUACAUGGUUGUAACGCCUUGGUUUAUAAAGAUUUUCUUUAGAUUCAUGAUAACAUUGAAGGGAAGAAAAUUCACUCAGGAUCUGUGUUGAGCCAUUCUGCUUGCUUACGUGCUUCAGUUAAUUUCAGCUAAGAUUUCAAAUCGUGUGGCAUCUGUUUGCUUCCUGCGGAAAUAAUGAUUUUUAUAAGAAGGCUUGAUAUCAGAGUCAUAAUGAAAGGACAAACCCCAACAUAAAAGAAAAAGAAACUGUGUUAGUUUGAAUUUAGCUUAUUUUAUUUUUGAGGCUCAGGAAUGAAAUGUUCUGCACUAUUUUUUUGCACUAUUUAGUACUCUUGGCAUUUGAAGUUGCUUGAUUAGAAAGUAGUUAUGCUGUAAUAGCUAUGUUACCUAUUUAUAUAUGUAACAAAAGGGUAGGUAGGUUAUUAGAUAGCGACUGUGUGUG